AUGCUGGUGACCUAUUUGGAAGCCAGCCGGGACCUUUGCGAGACGGACUCAAUUCUCUUUGGCGCCGCGCUGGCAGUCUGCCGUAUUAUAGGCGCCAAGGUUUCCACGGCUGGACGCGCUACUGGCCAUAGUAGCGCUAUCCCAGCAUGGAGAACAAGAAUUGAAGAACGUAUCGCAAAGGCUAGAGCCCUCAUCGGCAGACUGAUAUGCUUCAGGUCAGGCAACACCAGGCCAAGGAUUGUGCGCACCGUCAGGAUGGCGUUUGCUGGGACAAAUGUCAAUUUGUCCCAGCCGGAUAUAAUGCAAAAACUGACGGAGCGCAUAGACGAUCCUGAAGCAGAGAAUCGCUGCUUGGGGAAAACGAUUCGGCGAUAUACCGAGAGGUCGACACGGUUCAACCAGAAUCGUCUCUUCCAGAGUGAUCAGAAGAGGCUCUAUAAAUCAUUGGAGCGACCAAUGGUAAGUGGAACGGGCCCAGCACCGAAUCAGGCCGACACUGUCGCAUUCUGGCGCGGCCUGUGGUCAGAGCCCGUAAACCACAGCGAGGGCCCUUGGACGGAAGUUGUGGCGAGUCAGUGUGCGGGUAUUACGCCCAUGGACCCCGUCACCAUAACGCCGGAUGACGUAGCUGAGGCGGUCCGUAGGGCCCCGAACUGGAAAAGUCCGGGGCUCGACGGGCUGCAUCACUACUGGCUGAAGGGGUUCGUGGUGUGUCACUCUGUGCUCGCCCGACAGUUUCAAGAGGCUCUCAACCAGAAGUCGCUCCCGAGCCUCUUCACUACUGGGAUCACCCAUUUGGUUCCUAAAGGCCAGGACGAUGAUGAAAUGGUCUCCCACGAACUAGAGCAAAUGAGGAGUAUAUUGGAAGAGGCGAUUUUGGAAACGCGCAGCAUGCCUCUCGAAAAUCGCCCGCGACUUCCCCGCAUACCCCUAAGCAAGCGAAAUCGGGCUGUCGUGAGGGCUCUUAACCCAAUGCUGGUAACCUAUUUGGAAGCCAGCCGGGACCUUUGCGAGACGGACUCAGUUCUUUUUGGCGCCGCAGUGGCAGCUUGCCGUAUUAUUGGCGCCAAACUUCCCAUGGCUGGACGCGCUACUAAACAAAGUAGCGCCAUCCCAGCCUGGAGAAAAAGAAUUGAGGACCGUGUCGCAAAGGCAAGGACCCUUAUCGGCAGACUGAUAAGCUUCAGGUCGGGUAAUAAUAGACCGAGGGUUGUGCGCACCGUUAGAAUAGCGUUUGCUGGGACAAAUAUCAGUUUGUCCCAGCCGGAUAUUACGCAGAAACUAACGGAGCGCAUAGACGACCUGAAGCAAAAAGAUUGCUGCUUGGGGGAAGCGGAUUCGCCGAUUUACCGAGAGUCAAGGCGGUUCAACCAGAAUCGUCUCUUCCAGAGUGAUCAGAAGAGGCUCUACAAAUCAUUGGAGCGACCAGAGGUAUGUGGAGCGGGCCCAGGACCGGAUCAGGCUAACACUGUCGCAUUUUGGCGUGGCCUGUGGUCAGAGCCCGUAAACCACAGCGAGGGCCCUUGGACGGAAGUUGUGGCGAGUCAGUGUGCGAGUAUUACGCCCAUGGACCCCGUCAUCAUAACGCCGGAUGACGUAGCUGAGGCGGUCCGUAGAGCCCCGAACUGGAAAAGUCCGGGACUCGACGGACUGCAUCACUACUGGCUGAAGGGGUUCAUGGUGUGUCACGCUGUGCUCGCCGUCAGUUUCAAGAGGCUCUCAACCACAAGUCGCUCCCUAGCCUCUUCACUACUGGGAUCACUCAUUUGGUUCCUAAAGACCAGGUUACCACAGACCCGAGCAGAUACCGCUCCAUUAGGUGUCUACCCACCAUAUAUAAGACACUGA